UGCUCUGGUCUGAACUUGACAGCUGUGGGUUCGGUUUCGUCGGUGUCAGAAUCCUGAGAAUAAAAAGCAGAGUGUGAGCUCAGUGUUCAGUCUGAAGAUGGAGACGAAGGAGGAGCGCGUCACAGCGAAGAGGGGCAGCACGGAGCAGAGGAAGCUGCGCUCCCGUGAUGCAGCCAGAUGUCGACGCAGUCAGGAGACCGAGGUGUUUUAUGACCUCGCCCGCACUCUGCCGCUCCCCCGCAAGGUGUCCACCCACCUGGACAAGGCUGCCAUCAUGAGGGUCGCCCUCAGCUUCCUGCGCAUGCACCACCUCCUGCGACCCGGUGAGAAUCAGAAAGAGGAGUCUGAAGAGGAAGAGAGCGACGACAGGGAGGAAGACGAGGAAGAGGAGGAAGAGGAGGAUCCAAUCGACGCUUUCUAUCCUCAGACGUUGGCUGGUUUCAUCAUGGUGAUGACGGAGGAAGGGGACAUGAUCUACCUGACGGAAAAUGUCAGCAAACACAUCGGCAUCACACAGCUGGAGCUGCUGGGUCAGAGUGUUUAUGACUUAGUUCAUCCGUGUGACCAGGAGGAGCUCAGGGAUCUGCUGGGUCUACGUCCAGGUUCGAGUAAGAAAGAACAGAAACAUCACGACGAGAGAAACUUCUUCCUGCGAAUGAAAAGCACACUGACCAGCAGGGGGCGCACAGUCAACAUCAAGUCUGCGACAUGGAAGGUUCUUCACUGCACAGGUCACAUGGGUCCACAUGGUGGCGGCUCCACGUCGCCCCCUGCAGCCAGAGUGAUGACCCUGCUGUGUGAGCCCAUCCCUCACCCGUCCAGCGUGGAGUUCCCUCUGGACACGUGCACCUUCCUCACCCGCCACAGCAUGGACCUGCGCUUCACACACUGCGAGGGCAGGGUUACAGACUUGGUGGGAUACAAACCUGAAGAUCUGAUUGGCCGCUCGGCCUACGCGUUCCAUCACGCGCUCGACUCCGAUCACGUGACCAAAAGCCUGCACACAUUGUUGCUCAAAGGUCAGGUCAGCACCAGUCACUACCGCUUCCUGGCAAACAGCGGCGGCUUCGUCUGGGCCGAGACUCAGGCGACUGUUCUCUACAGCAGCAAGACGUCGCAGCCAGAGGCCGUCGUCUGCCUCAACUUCAUACUCAGUUCUGUGGAGCACCCCGACGUCGUCUUCUCCUCUGAGCAGACCCGUUGUGGUCUCCAGCCCAAAGCGGAACCCGACUCACCGCCGCUCACACCAGAGGAUUGUGGGACGCCUGAUGUCUGUGACACUGACGUUCAAAAUCCAACCAACUGCAGUCAGACUGAGGACACAGGUUCGAAUCCCAGCAGCACCACUGAGCUGUUCUUCAAACCGCAGGAGAUGCCGGAGGAGCCAUUCCAGAUGGCUGAUGACGACACAGACGCCGUCGCACCACUGACGGGAGGUUUUGUGGAGCUGUCGUUCGUCAGUCCGCUCAGCCCGGACCUGCUGCCCGACCACCCUCAGGAUCUGUGCACGCCACAGCUGCGACAGCUCCUCACACCCAUCUUCAACCCCAUCACACCACCCUCGUCACCUGAUCCUGAUGUGUGUCCCAGUGAGGACGACGUGAUGGACGCGAGCGAGGUGCAGAGGUUCUUUGCCAUUUGGCCAGACAAUGGUCAAAAGAAAGAAAAGACAGUGGAGAACAUGGAGGCGAUGGAUCUGGACAUGUUGGCUCCGUACAUCUCGAUGGACGACGACUUCCAGCUGAGCGUCUUCAGUGGUUUGUCUGAGGAAGACGACAAACCUCCGUCCGAACCGUCAGCUGUGACUCCUCCACUCAGCAGGAAACGGGCCCAUAACCGAGACCAGGAGCUUCCGUCUCAGCUGAGGAUUCAGGACAAGAGACAGAAACAAACUCCUCCGACAACAGAAGAGGAACUUUUCCUCAGUCACAGAUUACUGGACUGUCUGGAGGAACCCGACCAAUCAGAUCUAGACCUGGGCCCAGGAGGGCGGAGUCAGCUGCUCACAGACAGAGACCCCGUUUUAGGAGGCGUUCAGGGGCUUUGUGAAACCGCAGCUCUGAUGAGGGACAUAUUCGAACCUCGCCCUCCGGACCUGCCGCCACCUCUGUCGCCCUUGACUUGAUGGAGCUCCCGUCAGUUGUGGAGUUCGGCGCUCGAGAGAACGUGGCCCCGGGAUCCACAGCCGCCCACAGAGCGCACAUAUACAAACGCAACACGCCACAAACAUGCACGCACCAGAACAUCGACUCACGUACGCUGCAUUCCUCUGCUGGAGGGUCGACCAGACGCCGGCAGCUCAACCAGGAAACGCCACUAAUGUGUUUCCUCAUUGUUCUCUGACUGUGGAGCGAGAGCCAAUCACAUGUUGGAGAUCAGGUGUGUGAGUCCACUCUUUGAAUCUGAGCGUUUUCCAUCUACUUUAAUGUUUAUCAAUGAUUUCAUGUGAGAAAUUAUCAAGGGUCAAUCUCUCUUAUGGACAGCAGGUGGUGCUGGAUUUGAAGAGAAUCUGGGAACGUGUUUUUCUAUGCAGCUAAAUUUAGUGUAACUUUAAACUUUCAAUGUAAGAAAUCAUCAACUCCCAUGAUGCUCGGCUUUGACAACUUAUCUUUCUCCGAAACAAUCACAACAAACAAACAAGCGAGUUUCAGUGGCUUAUUUGUACGUCUUUUUAUACACUCAUAAUAAUAAUAAUCUUUGUUUAUUCAAUGAUGCAUUUACUGUAAAGAGUUUUCAUCUGGGGAUUUUAUGACUGUGUUUUGUGAAAUGAGUCGGUCGCCUGUAGGUCAGUCAUGUGUGUGUGUGUGUUUGUCCUCCUGAUGAUGUCGGGGGGGAGGGGGUUAUCUCAUAUCAAACACUCCUGUUGCUCAACAUGAGGCGAGCGCUCUCAGAGGAAGAUCAGUAAACGUCACCUGUGACUGUUGUGAACCCACGUGACAGUGGAAUCAAACAAAACAUGUCGCUCUCUGCAGAUUUAAUUCUGCUUUUCUCAUAUUAGUACAUUUAUAACCUGAUUAACUGUCAGUGAGACAAACAGCAGAGUUCAUAUUCUGAUUAAACACUAGUAUUCAUGUUUUUAUCAUCUAUACGUUUGAAUUUUACGACUUUUAACAAACUGUGCCUCGAGUGAUAUCAGCUGAACGUGGUGUUUUUCAGAGGCAGUGAUUUGUUUCUACACUGAAAUGUGGAGGAUUGUUGUUUUGGCCUCAGACUCUAAAUAAAGCCUCAAACAGCAAAAUGUGAUUCACUGUGAAAGAGCAUCUUGUUUAUUUCUGAACCGUUUGUUUCUCGCUCCGUGAGCCUCGAGUCCUCCAGUGAAAUACACAAAACACAGGAUCUGCUCAACGUCCCUGUGGAUUUUUAAUGAGGGAGGAAACAAAACCUGUUUUAUUUGUAUCCGUUCAUCCUGUUUGUGUUCUGGAGUUCUGAAUAAAGCUGUUGAAGCAGAA